AUGGACAUUGAGGAAAAGCAAGCGGAGCACGUAGAGUUCUUUGUGAAGCAGGCAUCGGGGGUGAAUGGCGCGGCACUCUCAAACGUCGUCGUUGAGGCCACUAAGCACCCUUCCCUCUUUGCUUUUUCCGAGCUUCUCGCUGUUCCCAGCGUUCUCGAGCUUGAAGGAACUGAGAAUAGCGUAUUCCUCGAUUUGCUUCGCAUGUUUGCACAUGGUACAUGGAGCGAAUAUAAGACUAUUGAAAAACGUCUCCCUCAAUUGGUCCCCGAGCAAGUCCUGAAGCUGAAGCAACUAACUGUGCUUACUCUGGCUGACACUAACAAGGUGUUGCCAUAUGAUAUGUUGAUGCGGGAGUUGGAUGUUUCAAAUGUGCGCGAGUUAGAAGAUUUUCUCAUCAACGACUGCAUGUAUGUGGGGAUCAUCAGAGGAAAAUUGGAUCAGCUGAGAAGAUGCUUUGAGGUACAAUUUGCAGCAGGGAGGGAUCUCAGACCCGGACAAUUGGGAUUAUAUCUUACAAUACUUCCCCUAAUCUGGCUUGUUUCCUAUCAUUCCAAUCUUGGUCCUCAGCUCCAUGAACCGAAGACGGCCGAGUGGUUUGGUAAGGAUGUCUGCGAGCUGCAGUCCGGAUUCGACAAACUCCAAAAAAAUCUGUCCUCCAUCGACACAAUCACGGAUGAAGUGAAAACGGGUAUCGAUGUGCUUACUCCGGUCAUGGAGGACUGGAUUUUUUGCAAGGGCAAUGGCGGGCUGGUUGUCCACCAUCAGAGUUGGUGCACGAGCUUCCUCGCCGGUCAGUUCGCCCAGCAACCGACGCAGCCAGACCGCCUGGCAUGCCGCUAUGGCUGCCGCCACGUACUCUGCCUCGCACGUAGACAACGCUACAAUCUUCUGUUUCAGCGACUGCCAUGA